AGAGAAACUCUACAGAUUUAAACUGAUAAUACAAUGUCGUUAGAUCCGGUCGUCAAAAUGACUAUGGGAGGUUCUUCUUCUUCCAGUGAACCAGCUUGUAAAAUUUCCAUGUUGUGGAACUGGUAUACCAUUGACUCGUGCUUUAUUGCCAAAUCGUGGCACGUGAGGACUAGGGGUAUGUUUGCUGGAUCCUGUAUCGGUGUUUUCUUGUUGGUGUUCUUCUACCAAUGGCUUGGACGUGUAGCCAAAGAAUUUGAUGCUUUAACUAUUACUGCUUCUCCUAAAGAAGAACAGUACACUUCCAAAGACAUUUCGAGUCCUCUCGUAUAUUUGGUUUCCCAUCAAUGGUUAUUGAGACGCCGCAACUCGAGUUGGGUACACCACUUAAUCAGAAGUAUUAUUUUCACGAUUCAAUGGGGUGCUAGUUACAUUAUCAUGUUGUUGUUCAUGUAUUACAACGGGUAUAUUAUCAUCUCAUGUAUAUUGGGGGCUUUCUUUGGGAAAUUGGUAUUUGGUAUGAGUGAACCUUCUUCUACAGAUGAAGACGUCAGCUGCUGUAAGGAUUAAUUUCUUACUGCUGGACUGCUAUAUGGAUGCUCAAUUCGUGUGUUGAAUAUAUGAAUUUAGUUUAAUAAAUAAUGAUUGUGAACUUCAGAAGAGAUCACGUAGUACUGGAGUUCAUUAGUUGGCAGCAUACUCAACUCUGUAAUUAGCUUUUGUCUCAAGCAGGCGGUAAAAUCCAACACCAUCUCCCACGAGACUGAUACCGCAAUUCCCCCGGUGACUCCACUCU